GAAUCUUUGCAGUUUCCCCAGUUGGAGCCUCUGGAGUCCUCGAGGGAAAAGCGACAACAAGGAACAAAACUCCUCGUGUGCCUGUUUUUUCUGUGUGUUAUGAAAAGGAGAUCAUGUGAAUAGACCGCGACCUUCGCACUAGGACUUUAACCUGCUCACUAGUGAGUGUGUGUGUGUGAAACACGUCAGUGUGAGCGGUGGAGUCUCCACAGGAAAAACCGUUUCGCUGUGAACUUGUGAGCAAGUGCAGUGACUUGUCUGUGUGCUGUUGAUCUCUGUUCUGUUCUCCAGCCAUGAAAAGUCUGAAACAGAGACUGAAGAAACACGAAGCGUCGAGCAGUACUACAGACUGGAACAAGUAUGACGAGCGUCUCCUGAAAGCAGUGGAGAACGGUGAUGUGGACAAAGUCACCAACUCACUCAGGAAAGGGGCAGUCGCCUCCAAGCUAGAUGCUGAAGGCCGCUCUUCGCUUCACCUAGCAGCAAGCAACGGGCUUAUAAAUAGCCUCAAUGUUUUCCUUGCCCACGGUGUCAACCUACGCACAACAGAUACUGCUGGUAAAACAGCACUGCACCUUUCUUCAAAAGGCGGCCAUUCUGCCUGCGUGCAGCGUCUGUUGCAGUGUAAAAGUCCUGUUGACAGCACAGAUGUGCAUGAGAGGACAGCUUUACAUGAAGCAGCUUCUGCAGGUCACACUACAAUAAUCAAAAUGCUGUGUGGCAGCGGUGCAUCUGUCAGUGCUGUUGAUAAGGAUGGUCAUACUCCUUUGAUGAUGGCAGCCCAGAAUGGUCAUACCCGAGCUUGUCAACAACUUUUAAACUGUGGCGCUUCCAUCAAUCUUCGAGACAAGCAAAAUAAGACUGCACUCAUCUUGGCUUGUGAGCGCAUGUGCCGCGAUGUAGCCGAGCUCUUGCUGAAGCAUAAGGCAGAUGUCGCUGCUGUGGACCUGCAUGGCCAUGACUCAUGCCACUACGCCCGGCUUAGUGGAGACCAAGCCUUAUUCAUGAUGAUCAAACAAGCCUGGGAUAUCGCCAGCAAGGAGGCUGCCAAGAUUGGUCCAAAAUUACAGCAGCAGAGGUCACUGAAUAAUGAAUCUCAUGUACUUGUGAGGAAGAAGAGUGUGCAGGCUCCUGCUAAAAGCCCAUCGUCAGGUGCCGGCUCUCCGAAUGCAGUUCCUCCACAGCAGCAUCCGAAGGAGUAUGGCAGCCACUCGGAAAAUGAAAGAGAUAACCUGCAGAGUUAUCAUUUGGAUUGUGUACAGGUUCGACAUCAUGCCCUUCAUUCAGCAGCUCCGGCUUCAUUCAAAGCAAAAGAGGUCCUGGCUAGUGAGGCUGAUCUGCUUAAGAGGGAGCUGUGGGAGGUAAGGCGGAGGCAUGAUGCUGCCCAGGAAGAGCUGCUCAGGCUGGAUGCGGCUCUGGUCGUGCGCACUCGGGAGUACGAGGAGCUGAGGAGAAGCAGUGAGCGAGCACUGCAGCAGGCCCAUAGCCAUGCUUGGGAACUGGAGGAGGCGCUGGGGGAGGUACAGCGUCGAAUGGCCGGCUCGGAGGCCAGGGUGAAGCAAAUGCAGGCGCAUUUAGUAGCGGUGCGUGAAAACCUAGUGGAGGAGCUAAGAGUACAACUGCUUGAGGCCAGAGCUGAGCUGCAUCGUGCACAGCAGGAGCUUGGCCAAAGCAAGACGGAAGCUGAGAAGGAAAAAGAGAGGAAUGAAACACUCCUGCAGGAGGUACACAAGCUCACUGAGGAGCUGCUGAAGAAACAGGACACGGAUGCACUGCAGGCAAGGCUGGCAGGUCAGGAGGCUCAGAGACGUGAAAUGACUUGUCAGGAAAUACAAACCCCCUUGGAAUGGAAGCCUGGUUGUCCAAAAACCACAAUGACGGAUCUUACAAGCGAGACACUUCAGCAAGAGAUGGAUAAGAAGAGCUACAUCAGCCGAGAAGAGCAUGAGUCUGUAAGAAGCUCACUCGAUACUGCACUUCAGCAGGCACAAAGCCAGGUUCAAGAAGCACUGCUGACGCAGCAGAAAACCAGUGAGGAAAAUCAGAGUCUCAUUAGAGAACUGCAGGAGCAGAGGACAGAGCUCGACACUCUGCACGAGGCCCUGCAGGUCCGGUUUGUCCCUGUGGCUGUGCUGGAGACGAAGCAGGAUGAGGUAGCUCAGCUUAAGCUGGCUCUUAAACAGAUGGAGAAGAGCAAGGAGAGUGAGGAGGAAGGCAAGAAGGCAAGUAGUGUUGCAUCACGGAAGCACUGUCAGCCUGAGCAAACAUCACGAAACAGUAGAGGGACACCGACGGGGGCAAAUCCAGAAAAGAGUACAGCUGCCUCUGUCAACUUUAAAGAGGAGAACAUGCUACUAAAUACUGCUGAAGGACAAAAUAAGGAUUCAGAGAUGAUAGCAGAGGCAGAAGGCCAAAGGGCGGCUCAGAGCAGCUCAUCAACACCCAGCGGUGUUUGUAGCCUUGUGCACUCAGACAGCACCAUCCUGCAGGCGCACAUUAAGAGCCUGCAGCAACAGCUAGAGCACUCCAAAAGGCAUUAUAGACAAGUUCUUGAUAUGUAUCGUACACGUCUUCUCAGUGCAGCACAGGGCUACAUGGAUGAAGAGGCCAGACUGGCACUGCUUCAGAUUGCCCAAAUGACGCAGGAGUGUGUAUGCUGAUCAUUGCUUAUCUCUCUCUCUCUCUCUCUCUCUGUAUCUACAUUUCUGUAUUAUUCUCUCUCUCUGUUUGUGUGUGCAUAUGAGAGAGAGAGAGAGAGGGAAUGAAUGUGUGGUUGUAUUACUGAUUUAAGUAUUUGGACUAAAGCCACCUGUGAAAUAUAGGUGAUAACUACUGUAUACAGGUUUUGCACCUUUUAUUAAAUAUUAUGUAAAUAUGUAAAAUGAUUAUUUUAUAGAAUGUUUUGUAUGUACAAAUUGCUGAGUCUUCUUUAAUAAA